CCUUAUUUCGAAACGACAAACUGAACUUGUACCGGAUAUAAUAAUUCAUGGCGAACCUGUAGAAUUCGUAAAUUCUAUAAAACUUUUGGGAAUGAAUCUAUCGACAAAUCUCUCCUGGUCACAUCAUAUUCUACAGAUCAAAAAACGCACAGCACCGUAUCUCAAUUUCCUUCGCAGUAUUGCCGGCCAAUAUUGGGGAGCCCACCCUUCUACAAUGAUACACAUAUAUAAAGCAUGUAUUCGGUCGAUCAUUGAGUAUGGUUCAAUAUUUAUGACACAACUGAAUUAUAAGGAUAGUCUAAUGCUGGACAGAAUUCAGUGGGCAUGUAUCCGUGUAUGUUUAGGGUCAACCAAAACUACUCAUACAGGAUCGCUAGAUGUCUUAGCUGGUUUAUGUCCUCUAAGCAUAAGAAGAGAUUCCUCGGCGCUGCGGUUCGUUAACAGAAGAGCAUGUUUGAACACAUGGCAUCAACAGUUUGUAAAUCCAAAUUUGGAAACAAGAUCCUUCACCACCGGUUUGCAACGAGCUCUUCACCACGUCAACGAUUUUUUUCCUCUACAAAACACGCUGGAACAACUGCCCUGUUUUUUGUACAAACCGAACGUACGGAAAACAGUGCUUUCUAUCGAUCUUUCGGUGAUGGACUUACGAUCACAAGAAGCUUCUACCGCUGCUUUAAUAGACACUUUGCUAGAGGAAAAAUACUCAGAAAGUUCUAUUAUAGCAACAGACGGUUCCAAGGAUCUACUAGGCACUGGUUAUGCAGUCGUCAACAAUUUUGGUGCUCCAACAUGUAGUAUCAAACUCCCUUCCACAAUGAGUGUCUACACGGCGGAACUGCUUGCUAUCAGGAAGGCAGUUUCUAUCAUCUCUGAUCUGCCAGCAGGUAAAUAUGUGAUUAUCACUGAUAGUAUGAGUUGUCUUUCUAGCCUUCAAAACAACAAAAUGAGUCCAUCGAACCCCGUUGCAUGGUACGAUAUUAAAAAGAUGACUACAAUGGCUCAACAACAAGGUUCUGAAAUCCAUUUUCUUUGGGUACCAUCACAUCGAGGAAUCCAGAUGAAUGAAUGGGCUGAUCAAGAAGCAAAACUGGCCUGCAGACAUGGUUUGCCGGACGAUUACACGUUCACUGUGCAUGAUGUCUCCUUCCCAACUGUUCAACACGCUAGACAACGGUGGCAAAGUGCAUGGAACGCUGGAGUUAAAGGCCGUUUCUGCCAUAGUAUCCUUACCAACGUUACAAGUCAUCCAUGGUUCCAUCAACUGCAACUCGAUAGGAGAGAAAUAGUUAUUUUGUCAAAACUCAUAAGCAACCAUUCACGGUUACCUGCACAUUUGUUUAGGAAUAGGAUAAUCCCCAGUGAUGUUUGCAACUGUGGCGCGAUAAACGCAGACCCUGAUCACUUCCUGUUUGCUUGUUCGAACUUCAGUGCGAAAAGAAAUGCUUUAUGGAGGAUUCUUGUGAACAAAGGCGUUGUUCCUGAUACACAAAUCUUGUUGAAGAAACGUGAUAUUGAAAUUUAUAAAACAGUAGCAAAAUUUUUCGUAGAAUGUAAAAUAGAUCUGUAAUUUUCUCUGCUUCCAAUACCCACUUGGCCAGCUAUGUAACAGAGGUUAAGCCAAAUAGAUGUAGGAAAUAAAAAAAAAAAAAAAAGUGAAACGAAAAGCUUUUGGUGGCGGUUGUAGUUCACCGCAAAUAAUUUUAAUUUUCAAAUCAAUGGCUGAAAUCGUCGAAAGUAAUUGAAUCUGGUUUCACAUUGCUUGUUAAACAAUUUUUUGCUCAAAGAUUUAUUUUGAGCUUCUUCAUCUGUGCAUCGAAAAUGUUGGGGCCAUCCGCUCGGAACGUUAAAAAAAAUUAGCUACGAAAUCCAGAGGCAUCAUUUUAGAAGUUGGCCGAGAUACCUGUUCGGAAUUGGAAGAAGCUGCCAACAGUACUGGAGAAUCGGAAAAAUUAAAAUAAAGAGAACGGAUCUGCGCUAUGGCACCGGUGGAUUGCAGGCAAACUUACCAUCAGCGUUUUGAAUAUCAAGACGUAUUCUGUUCUUUAUCGGGAGGUAGAAGCAGAUUUAUAAAAAAAAAUAGGAUCGGAAGACAGCUAAAUGAGCGUCAACCGACACCGUCGUGAUGAUCAUCUACUCCGGGAGCUGAAAACGAAAAGAUUUUGCGACGAAAUUUAUGCUUGUGAAACAAUGAAGGAUUAAUACAGGCAGGUUUAGAAGAUCAAGAAUAUUUGACAUACUUUAUUGUUGCUUUCAAAAUUACAUACUAUUUUAAGGUAAAAACACAUCUGAUUCCCAUCUGUGAUAUGAUAGCCAUCCAGGACACAAUUCACUGGAGGCGGGUGGUGGCUUAAAACAUGCAUUAAUACUAGUAUGUAAGGUAAUUACUAUAAUCAUCACCGUUAAUGUUAAUUUUUUUGCAUUAUUAUUAUCUUUAUCUUUAUUGGCUUUUUAUUAGGUUAUAAUGUCAUUUAUUUAUUUUUAUAAGUGCUUCUAAUUCGGUGUUCAAAAUUUCAUUCUAUCGCCAGGUUAAAUUAACUUCACACUUCACUAUACGUGACUAUACGGAAAUAUGACCCCGGAAAGAAAAUUUGUAGAAAUCAAAAAGACUUCUUACACCCAGCAGAGACGGAAGCCGUUAUUUCAGGAUAACCACACCCAAAAUAAUCUGCACGUCGCUGCUACGUGAAAAACUACAUAAUUUUUAUCCAAUUGAUUUUCACGUAAUUUGUACGAAUAAAAUAAGUAAACGCUCCCCUAAUAGGAAUUUUGUUCUAUGGAGAUCACGUUCAAUUUACGUGAAUUUUUAAUGCGAUCAACGUGUUAUGAAGAUGAAAGCUACUUGAAAUGUGUUUAGUACCGCAAUGAUAUUUGGAUCCUUUCUACUAUUUUUUCGUUUCUACUUCUGGCAAUAAAAUGAAAACAAAUUGAAUUCCAUCAAAAUUUAAAUUUAUUUUCUUCAAA